UUCAUCAGGGAAUGCAUCCAUCUUCUUCUUCUUCUGGUCUUCUUUUCUCUUUCUACAUCUCACUCCUCACCCCCCCUCAAUUUAUACACACUUUCCUUGGGUCCGUCCCCCAGGGCAACCCACAUACCUACCUAUCACAUGUAUGGGGGAGUAGGAAGGUACUUCAUGGGAUGAUAUAAUUAGCAUGAUCUUGUUAAUCUUCAUUAGCAUAUUCAGGGGUGUCAACUUUAAUAUACCUUUCAUGGAUAAUAAAGCAAAGGUCAUUCACUGGACAGAUGGCCCUUGCACCUUUACAAGAGGCACCAGGGCAGAACUGUCCUGCCUCCACAAGGCUCCCUCCUCCAGCUGCAUCUUGUGCUAAUCAGGCCGCCUUACCAGCUUCAGCCUCCACAUUACCCACCCCGUGACUAUAGUUUCAGAACUUGCGAGUGUUUGAGACAUUCCUCAGCUUGGAGGGCCUCUGCUCCCCCUCCAUCCCUUAACUCUUUCUCAGGCUGUUUUUCUCAGCCCCUGUUUUGGGGAGUUACAAGUCGGCUCUCACAUUACACCACCCCACACCCAUCACACCUAGCCUCCCCAACUGCUCCAUCAUCAGAUAGACUUUGAGCAUCUGAAGCCAAAGGGGCAGCCAGGGGACACCUGUGAAAUGUCCCUAGGAAGGAGAAGAGCAGGGCAGAAUGCAUCCCGCCCAGCCUUCAGGCACAACCGUCCCUGCCCAAAUGCCUGGAAGGAGAUGGCAAGGGAACUACCCACCAGAGAGGCUGCCAAAGAUGUGGAAGGAGGACUCUAGAAUAAGAACAUCAGUGGUACCAGGGGCAAGUCUUGAGCCAGAGGUUGACUGUGCCUCUCCCUGCUGGCAGCCUUGGCAUCCCAGGAGGCAUUACAAGCAGCAGAGACCGAGACCCUCCAGGGGAGGAGACACAAGGCUCCUCAGGAAACACUGAGGAGCACUUUUGCCAUAGGUGCACAAUCAGGCAACCAGCUCUGGCCAGGAAGAUGCCACACUCCAAAAGUAACAUUCCCAAAUGGUGUAUUUAUUUCUCUGAACUGUGCAUAGAAGGCCAGGGAGAUGGAGGGGUGUGCAAAGCCUAAAGCCAGGAUGUGUGGCCAUCUAAUCACACUCAUGAAAGCUGAGGCGUAGGAGAUAGGAAGGGGAUCAGACACCCAUCUAGGAGGACAGUGGCUCGAGGGCGAAGUGCUGUGGCAUGGUGGAGCAGACCCACUGCAGCAGUCAUCCUGAUUGCUCCAGCAAACAGGACCCCAAUGAGAAGUGAGGAUAUUUGUGAAAGAGCUGCUUGUGCCUCACGAUUGUGGCAGCCAAACGGCAACCUCCCCUGUGGUGCUGAGGUCAGCUAAGGAGUUGGCCGAUCACCAGAUCCAAAUCACACACCCAUUUCCUUCCUGAACAACAGAAAAGUGAUUGGCAUGAGGCAAAACUGCGUGACCAACCCUCUUGAGAGCACAAACAUGCCUCCUGUCAGUGCACUUUUCCUCACUGGAACAGAGGUCUCGCCUCAGUGGUCUCGGUUCAUACCUCAGUUGCCCAGCCAGCAGCCGCAAUGUUAGAUCUCAGCUAUAUGCAGCCCCAAGGCUUCCUUCUGUGUUCCCACCAUUCACCAUAUUCAGCUCAGCACCUGUGGCACACUAGGCUUUAUUUGCUGCAAGCCUUCCACCCCCACCCCUGAUUUCUCUCACCAUAACCCCUGCCCAAGCCAUCUAUGAUCUGGACCACUUCGACCCAUAUCCUUGUCCUUCUCAACGCUAAAAUUACUCCACACACACAAGCCAGAUAGGAAGGCACCUCCCCACUGUCACCUGUCUGGUGGCUCUAUCCACUGAGCUUCUCUUAGGGCUUCCUCCUAUAUUUCCUUUCACCCUUGUGCUCUUGGGUGUGAGUGUAAAUAUUACAGGCUCACGACGUAUGUACCAGCUGGAGGUUUCCAGACCAUGCCUAAAUGUGAAACUACUAUGUGGGACUCUGUAAACACCUUCAUGGCUAGGUGUCCCACAUGUAUCACCCCUCAACACACCCCUCUAACAGACCCACCACCAAGGCUGCUUAUAGGACAGGACAAAUAAAUGGUUCUGGAUCUGUCCAGGAGGACUAAAGGAAGGAGAGUUUUGCCCCUCACAUCACUCGAGGUUCCACAGGUUUCCUGUUGCAGCAGGCAGCUUGCCACUUCUCCAGAGCUGUGCCUGCGUAGGCACUGUGUCAGUGGGUGAGGGGGAGCUCGGGCAAAGCCGAGCGUGGGAAGAAGAGGGAGGGGAGCAGCGCUCAAUGUGCAGGAUGGGCCAAGUGCUCAGUGAACUCCAACAGUGCUGCGGUACUGGAGUCAGCACUGGGACAGUCAGUUACCUCUACAGAAAUGUCCAAACAAAACAAACUCAUCUCAGCCCCCACGGACACCCAAGCCACUCCAGUAGUCCAAUUCUCCUGGGUGAGCUUAGCCCAGUCAGUUAUGUUGAUUAGCACAGCCAGGAGAAAGCCUGCCCCCCGCUUGGACGGUGGGGGCUGAGCUCAGCUUGUUUUCUUAGUCAUAUUCAGAUGACGCAGUAUCAGAUCACCGCAUCAGGCUCCCGUGACCCUCAAAAUCGAAACAGAAAGCAGGAGGCAGCUGCCAGUCACGUAACAGGAGCAGUGGUGUCAGAACCCAGCUAGCACGGGACCUGUCAGCAGCCACAGACCAGCUCAGCUCACCAGGGCGGCACCUCAGCCCUCUUCAGCGUGUUUCAGCUCCUCACCCACGCAGAUGGGCAAUCCAUUCAGAGCAAUGGACAUCCUCGGUGCGACCUUCCAGUCUUUCCAGAAGCAUGUUGUGAAGACCUCCAAGGGAAGCUACAAGAAGUGAGCAGGUUUUACCAUGAUAUCAAGAGACCAUGCUUGCACCAGGAUGGGUCUGCUGCAAUGGAGGUACACUGGGCACCUGCUCUAUGUCCUGACCCUACUCAAGGCUGCCGGGACCUUGGCCUUGAUGUUCUACGCGCUGCUGUGGGAAGCUGGGAACCUGGUCAACCUUCCUGACAAACGCAUUGGCUUUUACAACUUCUGCCUGUGGAAUGAGACAGCUGGGGAGCUGCAGUGCCUGGAGUACAAGCAUCUGCAGGUGAUGGGCAUCAGCCUACCAGAAAUAGUGAUAGCCAGGGUUUGUGUGUAUUCCUGCCUCGUCCUCAGCAUCUUCUACCCCAUUUUUGUUGUACAUGCAAAGUGCACAGAUGAGAGAGGGAGCUGGAAGGUGAUUCUCAUCACAUUUAUCAUCAAGACGAUAAUCCUGUCUGGAGGCCUGGGUAUGUUUCUUUUCCAAACCUCACCAUGGAUUCACCCCUCUGAUUUCACUGGAGGCUUCCUGGCACUGCUGGCGACUCAGGCUUUGCUACUGCUCCAGACUCUCACUGCUGCUAUGUAUCUCAGCUGGGUCAAGCACACCUCCCACUGUCAAAGCCCUUUUACUGAGAAGGCCCUGCCCACUGAGGUUUGACAGUGAAGAAGAUGCAAGAGCCAUCGAUAACCUGCUUUAAAACAGUAAUCCCACCACAGCUUUAGUCACUGGCAGGAAUCUGAUCCUUAACUCAAAGGCCCAUGUCCAGCCAUGCUCUGGCACACGGCUGUGUGCUGUGCUCCUGAAGCGAGCAGGCAGCAGACACCAACACCCACAGCACAUCGUGGAAGCUUCCCAGAAACAGCAGCAUGUAACACACCCUUCAGCCUGGGCCACAACAGCAAAGCGACAACAUUUCUGGCCCUGACGCAGAGGACAGUGAAGGGGACAGAUCAGAACCAGCACACAGUGGAUACAGCCCUCCGGACAUAUCUAGCCUAAGCAUAGGCAGGCAGAGAUGCAAACAGGCUUCCUUUCUUGGAAUUGCCCAAAGAGACUCUGCUUCUUCUCCACUGCCUAGACUCACCAGGGCUGCCUUUGAGGCAACUGUGACUUGAGGAGCUGUGGCUUCACACUGCCAUCACAGCAGCGGCAGCUCCUGAAGUGCACUGGAAAUACUCUCUUCAGCAGCAGCACCUGUACUUCACCUGCUGGAAUAACAUCUGGACUGACUACUCUGCUUUAGUUCAUUAGGGUGAAGUGGCCCACAUUCAACCCCAGCAGCAGCAGAGCACCUGAAAGGGCAGCCUAACAACUUGCUGAACACAGCCCUAACGAGGAGGCGCGUUCUGUGAAGAAGCAGAGGAUUUUGGUGCAGAGCCCCAGGUUUGUCCCCACUGAUAUUACGGAGCUGAGCCUAGCAGUCCGGCAGCCUGUGAGACUCCAGAACUGGAUCUCUGCAAGGACAGCUCACCACAAAGCUAGCUCAGACCAACGGACGCCCCGCGCAAGGGUGCGCUCCGGCAGCUGGGCCAGGACUGCCACAGGCCAGGGUGCAGUGCCCCAGCUGGGCCAUCAAAACCAGAGCAUUGGCUGGGUCUCUCCACCACGGCGGUGCACAGCACCACUCCAUGCCAUGUCUGUAAGCUUGCACAAAGAAGCGCCUGCUUUCCCGCUCAUCCCCUUCAGAGACAUGAGGGUCCGUUCUUUUUUCUGCUGCAGUCUUGGUGUGCAUGUGCCUGGUGAUGAUGGUUUGACUGAUUCUUCA